CCUAAAGGACAUCCCCAGGCCCUUUUAUUUUUGAGACAGAAUAUUAAGUUGCUCAGGCUGACUUCAACCUUUCCAUCCUCUGCCUCGCCUUCCUAAGUACAUGCAUAGAACUACAGACAUGUGCCAAAACUCCUGCCCAUACCAUUUUGUGUUAAUAAAUAAUUGUUUGAGCCAAAUAGCUUUUAUAGACCGAAAAAUAUGCACUGCAUUCAACAAAGCUCUGAAGCCCAUUUCAGCCAAAAGAACGUUCACAACUCAAAAAGACCAGAUGAGGCCCAACCUAAGUUGUUCAACUUUAGGAAAUGAUCCUUGCUAUUUCCUGUGAGAUGGACUCAUUCUUCUUGAACCUCUAAGGCCACCUCACACUGUACCUCCCUAGCAUAGCAUAGGCCCUAGUUGGACACAAAAUUGGACUUGGAAUUUGGAAGAAAGGGCAGGGUCUAUGCACGGGUCAGGCGUCCUUAAGCCUUGGCAACCCAAGCAGGUAGGGUAGUUGCCCCCGAAGUGACCCCACCUUGCCUACCAAUUGAGACACUUUGUUACCAGACCUGGCGCCAGCUAGAGGCUGGUUUGCUUCCCGCUCAUUGGCCAGAGAAGCUCCUCAGAGAAGUCCUUGUUACUACAGGCGAGAAUGAGAGCCCAUUGGCCAGGACACUUCACAAUGCCCAAACGGCCUUCAGGGUUCUUCGGAUUGGUUCGCUGUCUUGUCUCGGCGACCCUAUGGCCUGGAACCCUGGCAGGCUGCUUGGUGCCAGGAACAAGCGCUCCCCUCAGACGCCAGCUCCCCAUUGGCUGUCCUGGCACCGCCCUCCCAACCAGGAGCUAAGAGCAAAGCCUCAGAGUGCGCUCCCUGCGGCCAGACCUAGUACCUUGUGAGACCGAGGAGCUCGGCCUGUCUCCCUGGCCUCGAAGUUGAAGGCCUGCUAUAGAGGACGCUGUGCUCCCUGGGGACCUGCUCUGUCUCCCAGCGCGGGGCCUUCCCCUCAGAGCUCCGCAUCCCCAACCUGGAAACCAACCCCGAAGGCUUCAUAUCCUGAUUGAGAUCCUAAUUGGGAAGUGGUGGAACCGAGGGUGAAACCCCAGAGGGACGAUGUUCUACUAUCCCAACGUGCUUCAGCGCCACACUGGCUGCUUUGCCACUAUCUGGCUGGCAGCUACGCGCGGCAGCCGGUUGGUGAAGCGUGAGUACCUUAAGGUGAACGUAGUGAAGACCUGCGAGGAAAUCCUCAAUUACGUGCUGGUGCGAGUGCAGCCUCCGAUGCCGGGCCUGCCGCGGCCGCGUUUCUCCCUCUAUCUCUCUGCGCAGCUCCAGAUAGGUGUGAUCCGAGUCUACUCUCAGCAAUGCCAGUACCUCAUUGAGGACAUCCAGCACAUCCUGGAGCGCCUGCACCGUGCCCAACUACAGAUCCGCAUUGAUAUGGUGGAGGCUGACCUACCCAGUCUGCUGCUUCCCAACCACCUGGCCUUGAUGGAGACCCUAGAAGAUGCUCCAGACCCCUUUUUUGGGAUGAUGUCUGUGGAUCCCAGACUUCCCAGCCCCUUCGAUAUCCCUCAGAUUCGACAUCUUUUAGAGGCUGCAACUCCAGAGAGAGUUGGUGAGAAGACCCCUCCUGAAGUCUCUACAGAGCCCAGGAAGCCAGACAGGAUCUUGGUUACUGUGCUGUCUCCUGAGGCCAUCACCCUCCAGGAGGCAGAGCCCAUACGUAUGCUGCAGAUCGAGGGUGAACAGGAUCUCCCGGAGGUCAGCCGCCGAGACUUGGACCUGCUGAUUGCAGAGGAGGAUGAAGCUAUCUUGUUAGAUGCAUCCCAGGAAGGCAGGCCUAGGAAGCGAAGGGCUCGUCUGGCUCUGGACGAAUCCAAGGAAGAACCCCGUGUCAUGGAGGGUGACACUGUAGUUUCCGUGCUUUCGCCUCCAGCUCCUGCACAGGUAGAAGGGAUAGGAGAGCCACUUCCAGGCCAGGUCCCAGGACCUGAGGAACUUAAGCUGACAGGCUGGGAGCCUGGGCCCCUGAUCACUGAGGUGACCCCUCCACAGGAGCUGCGCCUGCCGGCCCCACCCAGCCCAGAGCAGAGGAGGCCCCCACCUCCUGGGAGCCCUCCUAUUCGCCGACGCCGACGCCAGUUACUGUUCUGGGACAAGGAGACACAGAUCUCACGGGAGAAAUUCCAGGAACAGCUGCAAACCAGGGCCCACUGCUGGGAAUGUCCAAUGGUGCAACCUCCAGAGAGGACCAUCGCAAGCCCAGCAGAACUGUUCCGAACUCCAACUCUCUUCCCCUUAUCCUCAGCUGGCUGGCUACCCCCAGAACUACUAGCUUUCUGGACCCGCUGUGCCCAGGUACCCCCAAAAGUGCUCAGGCGAAGGCCAACCCUGGAAGCUGAAGAGGAGGCUGAAAGGGAGGCAGCAGCAGAGGAGGAAAGAAGAAGGGCUGAAACAUUGAGUGAGAUCGAGGUCCUAAGGGAGGCCCAGGAGCCCAGUGGUCCCCUCAUGCUAUCUUCAGAACUCUCCCUAGAAGCAGCAGAAGAGGAAAAGUCCCGCAUCAGCCUUGCCCUGCCAGAAGAACGGUGGGCCUGGACUGAGGCAGAGCAGCCAGAGCCCCCUGCAUUGCCAGUGGUGCCCGAGCUCCCAGAGGUGCCUGUGGAGAUACCUUUGGAACUGCCCCCAGAGCCUGAGUUGCUCUCACUGGAGGCAGUGCACAGGGCAGUGGCAUUGGAGCUACAGGCCAACAGGGAGCCAGACUUCAAUAGCCUAGUGUCACCUCUCAGCCCCCGCCGGAUAGCCUCCCGGGUCUUCUACCUACUCCUGGUGCUCUCAGCACAGCAGAUCCUUCUUGUGGAACAAGAGAAGCCAUACGGGCGCCUUCUGAUUCAUGCAGGACCCAGAUUUCACUAAGGGUAGAGCCCAUUUAUAAGCCUUCAUUAAACAAUGCCCUGCCUCA